AUGUAUUGUAAGGCUGGGCUGCUAGCCGCGAAAGCUUCACAAAAACAGGAAGCAAUAGAUAAUUUUCAUCAUUCUCUUACGCUUGAGCCGCUUCUGUGGGAAGCAUGGAUAGGUGAGACUAAUAAUGAGCUUUUAGGCGCAACCGUGGACCUAGAUGAAGUACUAAAGCCACCACCUCAUCUACAAGGGGUACCUUCUGCGUUCUCGGACGUAGGAGAAUUGCCUUCUCUGCCGGCGUUAGCCCAUCCAAUCGUUGCCAGACUAUCAAAACAAUAUGCAAUGACCCCUACACCGAUACCAAAGGGCCCAAGCGGAACUGGAAUGGGUUUCUUUACGCCAGAACAUGGCCUCGCCCAUGCCACUCCUCUGAAAUUUCAGUUACCUGCCCCUCAAAAGUCUA